AUGUCCGCAUUGAGACUUGGUGGCUUCUUAGCUACUGCUCUCUUGAGCUCUCGCGCCGUAGCACAGACAUGUCUGUCAUUCGGUGUUGACUUCCAAACCAACGGAAACUACUUCCAGAACAUCAGUUCAACCGCGCCCUUCACCUUCGCCUCGCUCUUUGAGGGAUGUGACAACGACGUCGCCAACAACAUCCUUGUUGACCCUAACGGAGACGAAUACCAAUGCACCGAUACCNCCCUUCAGCCUGAUGAUACUAUUGAACUAUCAACAUGUCCCAUGGACAAGAAUGAAAUGUGGAGUGGUGAUUGGUCUGUUUUGAUCAUCUCCAACAAUGGUAAUGACGAUCCCAUUGCCUACGAACGUGAUUUCUAUCUCAAUGUUGGCGUUCCCUCGACUACGACCUACACCCCCACGGUGACGGUCACUUCAACAUCCACUCCCCUUGUUCUAAUCACUGAGACGUCGACCAUCGUUUCGAUCACUACACUGGUGGCAAAGACCACCACGGUUGCUUCCGUGACUAAGUCUCCUACUGUGACCAUUACACCAGCAAUUUCCACAAUUGUGACCACUAAGACGGCAACACUCAGGAAGACGGCUUACACCGUCGUCCCCAUCCUUACCACCAAGACCAUCACUGCUUCAUGUUCGAUGCCUCCAUCGCAAAAGUGGCCCGACCCGACCGCCACCAUCACUCCCACUUUGGUUACUGCCGCCGCUCUGUCGACUGACGACUCUGGAUCUGAUGCUGUUGCCACAGCUGCCUCUACUUCCUCUUCUGCUCCUGCUCAAAAGAUUCGCCGUGGCCUAUUCGACCGUGCAGUACCGCUCGACCGUGCAGCCAGAAUCGCCGAGCGCAAGGCCAGAAGAGAGGCAAGCAACAAGUUGCAAAGACUCUCUUUACAUUACCUCCACAUCUGUUGUCACGACCGAUGCCACUACCCUCACAACAACCACUGUCGCAACCUCCACUUCCACAUCUACUCCUCCUGUCGUCACUGUCAAGAGCGGCAAGACCACUUGCCUGUCGUGACCACCACCCUCAAGCAAUCCACCACCACAAAGACUGUCAUGACUGUUGUGUACACUACCGACAAGACGGUAACAUCUUCGCCCACCGUCACCAUCUCAAGCACCACCACAAAUGCAAAGAGUGCUAUUGCUUGUACCGCAAAGGGUGGUAGAAUGACUUAG